AUGGCGGAUUUGGAGAGCGAGAAGAGUGCUGGGCAGCCCUCCGCGGCAGAGCAGCAGCCAGAGGACUCCACUGUGCCGGAGGACGGCCGGGGUGGCAUCCAUCUGAGCUGCAAGGCCUUCAGAGGGCAAGAGCCACACGCGCUACAAGAGUGGCUGGCGGAGGCUGGGAUGCCCAAUGUGCGGGUGCGGAAGAAGAAGCCGUGGCACUAUGCCUUUGUGACCUUGGAGGAUGAGACGAAGCUCAAGGAGCAAGAACUGUUCUUCAAGAAGGCCAAAGUUCAGGUCAAUGCCCGGCAAGCAGCCAAAGGUGCUGGCAAGAAGCGGCCCGCGGAGGAAGAUCCGAAUGGGCCCAGCAAAAAGCUGAAGGCCGAAGAGAAGAUCCCGGUGCUCAAGGAGCUGAGGGAGCGCAUCAAAGGUUCGAAGAAGAGCUUCGAUGGCGAUGCGUUGGAGAAGAGCGCCCCACUCAUGAAGUGGGACUACAAGACACAGCUGCAGAUGAAGCACGGCUACGUGAAGACGGCGGUGCGCUCCAUCACGAAGCUGGCGCAGAAGCGCUGCGAGAAGUUGGGGCGCGCGCCGCCGAGCUGGUGCUCCAAGGAAUGGUCUCUGGCCAGUGGCGCGCCGCAAGGCUGUUGCUGCCCUUUGGACCCGCCCAUCGGUGCGCCGGAGGGAACCUUGAGGGGCUGGCGAAACAAAUGUGAGUUCACCAUCGGCCGCGAUCCGCGGGGAGAGGUGGAGGUGGGCUUCAUCUUGAAGAUCUUGCCUGAUGGAGCUCAGGUGAUCGGCAGCAUUCAGGAGGUGCCGCUGGUGCCCGCGCCAAUGCAGAGACUUUGCGCCAUGGUGUCGUCGCUGGUCGCCAAGUCGAGCUUUCCCAUCUACGACCGCAGGGAGAGCUGUCCACCGAAUGCUGGGAAGGAGGGCCAGCGCAAAGGCGUUUGGCGCACCCUGCUGGCGCGCGUGAAUCCGUCCAAUGAGAUGUUGGUGAUGUUUCAGACCACCAGCUUGUCCGAGGAGGACCGUGCCAACUUCGUGGAGCCACUGCUGCCAGAGCUGGAGAAGCUCGGCGUGACCUCAGUCUUUUUACAGUUCAAUGAUGAGGUCACCGACGCGGCACGCCCCACGGCGCUGGUGACGCAAGUUCAUGGGAAGCCCAGGCUGGAGAUGCCGAUGCUGGGCCUCAAGCUGGAAGUGGGUCCCUUGUCCUUCUUCAACCCCAACACCACGACCUGCCGGUUCCUGAUGGAAACCGCUCUGGCGUUUCUGAACCUCAAGAAGACCGAGAUCUUGUUGGACAUCUUCUGUGGGAUCGGCACCAUUGGCCUUUGUGCGGCGCAUUGCUGCGAGAAGGUCAUCGGCGUCGACGUGGUGGAAGAAAACAUCGAGGAUGCUAGACGGAAUGCGGAGCAGAAUGCCAUCAGCAACACGGAGUUCCUGGCGGGGAAGGCAGAGGAGUUGGUGCCGAAGAUCCUGGGUGACAUGGAUCCAUCCAAAGAGGCGCGUUCAUGGCGUGGACUUCAUGCUGCGGGGUUCGUGAAGAAGUGCAGUGCCGUGAUUGGGGGGUUGUGUGGGUAUUCAAGAACUUUUUGGCAAGUUGUUACAUUCCCUUACCGUUCCCUAAGGUUUGAGCCACCAUUGAUGUCGUGGGUUUUCAACAUUUUUAGGAGACCCGGCCAAUGGAACUCCUUUGAUGGUCUUGACCUGGUCAGGCUAGAGAUGUUUCAUAUUUGCCUGAAUAUGCUGAGAUGGGGAAUCUCAACGACUCCAUCUUCUUCAGGUGAUAGGUGUGUGCAGUUAGCCCUGCGGACGCCUCCACCUCCGAGAUGCUCAUGCUCGGACCCAGGACGCAUGCCCUGA